AACCAACAUAAAAAUGUCCAACCGUCCACUUGCCAAAACAGAAUCGUACCAGUACAAGUGAACUUAUACACUGCAUAAGGAACUUUAUAGGAAGAGUGCAGCUUUUCCGAAGAGAUUGUUGAGUCAGCAGAGCUCAAUGAGUGGGUUUUGAGGGGUGACUAGAGGAGGGAUUUGAAAGGGUCAGUGAGAGGAGUGUGAGAGGAGGAAAGCAGGUGAGAGGAAUGCUACAGCGAGUAAGUUCAAGAUCAAGACCGCUCAAGAAGUUGAAUCAGAGCAUAAAUAAACACAUGGAUGAGCUAUUCUUCCAGCUAAGGAAAGGCCAUUCUGGAAGAAGGAAGAUUGCAGGAAACAGCUCUAAAAAUAAUGUUUCCCAAGAGAGAUCAACUAUAAAACAAAUAAGGAAUAGAGGAUUUUACAGAACAAGUAGGCUUCGGACUAGUCAUAUGCCUCAGCGCCGGGUACUCUCCCAACCUAAAGGUCAAGUUUCAGUCUCCAAAGAAUCCAGCAAUGGAAUGAGGACAGGAAAUAGAAGAUACAUCCAAGCAGCUGCUUCGUUAAAGAGGAAGGAAACUUUAAAUACUACUCAUAAAGAGAGUGGAACUAAUUUUGAUAGGAUCUCUAAAAUGUUCACAAAAUUCAGCCAUUAUCGAGCAUUUUCAGACCUCGGUGUUAAUAACAAAGUAGUCUCUUUUACAGCAAAGAAAAGUACAGGGAAAUGAAGAAGGCUCUUUACUGCUUCUAGGAUGAAUUCUUUCAAGGGCAAAUAGAAUUAGCGUGAAGGCUCAAACACUGAGGAAAUCAUUCAAAGCAGAUAGAUUUCCCUGGAGGGAGAUUCCAACUCAGAGUAUUAUCAAUAAGAUGGAAAUUACCCAGAAGCUUAACCAAUCAAAGUCAGAACAGAUCGACAAGUCCAAGGAAAAUUCCAGACCAUCCAUGGUAGAGGCAAGCUAUCGUCCUCUUGAACAAUUUUUGGAAGAAGCCAUAGCCCUUAAAGAAGAGGUCAAGCCUCUUCUCAAAAGAACAAUCUUGUACCAAGGAAGGUACGAUGAUGCCAAGAAGACUGGAAAAGGUGAUUUUGUGUUUCCGAAUGGUGACUUUUACAGAGGAAAUUUCAGUAAUGAUCUCAGAGAAGGAUUCGGAACACUCGUAUCAUUCAAAAAUAAUUUUGUUUACAAAGGAGAGUUCAAGCAAGAUGAAAUCCGAGGUAACGGAAUAUGUCUCCAUAGCAAUGGUAUGAUCAUAGAUGGCUUCUAUAUUGGAGAACAAAAAUUAAACAAAGAUACUGAAGUUAAGGUACUGUACACCAAUGGAGAAGUAUAUGAAGGCCGUUGGAGAGAGAACAAAAGAUCGGGCAAGGGAAAGCACAUCUACAGUGAUUACUCCAUCUAUGAUGGAAACUGGCUUGAUGAUGAGAGGCAUGGCAAUGGAAAAAUGACUCUUCCCAACAAUAGCUUCAUCAUUGGAGAGUUCAAAAAUGAUGUUAUGAUUAGUGGCUCAAAAUACAUUGAUGAGAAUCGUAAUAUCUUUGAGCCGAUGUUAAAUGGGGAUCAAACUGGUAAAUUCUACAGAGGAAGACUUUACGGUUAUGGAAAAGCCAACUUUGUCAACGGAGAUUUCUAUGAAGGCAUGUUCAAGGAUGGAAAGCGUUGUGGUAAAGGAAAAAUGCAGUACAAAUAACAUCAAGAAAUUCAACGACGAAGAUAACGGAUCCUCAUACCCCGGAAGCAACAUGUUUGAUGUUGACUGGGCGAUCUACGAAGGAAUGUGGAACGACAACUGUAGACACGGCCAAGGUACUAUGAGGUGGAGCGACGAGAGCCAAUUCGAAGGCGAAUGGCGAAAAGACAAAAGAUAUUAUGGAACCAUGGUUAUGGUCACUGGUGAAGAAUACAGAGGGUAUUGGGAAAAUGACAGAUUCCAUGGCAAAGGCAAGAUCACAACUCCUGAAGGUAUUAUAUUCGAAGGUGAAUUUAUCAACGGAUUCAGAGAAAAAUAUGGAAAAAUCUUUUACGAAGACAGAUCAGUCUACACAGGAGAACUUGAGGACUGGACUCGACAAGGAAUAGGAAAAUUAGAAGGAAACGGGGAUAUUUAUGAAGGAGAAUUUGACGAUAACCGUAAAAACGGAGAAGGAAAGAUGUAUUACAAGAAUGGAGACUAUUACAGUGGAUCAUGGCUAGAAGAUAAGCGAGAAGGUAAUGGAACAAUGUUUUAUAAAGCAACAAAAGAAGUGUAUGAAGGAGAAUGGAACAGGGAUAUACGUUCAGGGAUUGGAAAACUAAUCAUGCCCAAUGGCAAAACUAUUGAAUGUGAAUGGAGAAAUGAUAAAGCCCAAGGGGAAGGUAAGCUAUACGACAGCUAA